CUCUCAAUGAUCGGCUAUGAAAAGCCAACUGACAUUUACUCCUGAGGCCCACUUGUAGUAUGUGGUGGGGAAGUUGUUCUCUGCUUGUCUCACAGAAAUAGGAGGUACAGGAGUCCACUCUGUUCCAUGUACCCUGGCUCUACUACGCACAUCACUCUGGGAACUUUCUGCAGUAUGCACACAUAUGACAGGACCAGUGGGAGGAGGUGUCGAUGACAGUGAUGCGUCCCAGUGUGAUCUUAACAAACAGCCGCUGUGCCAACACCAUGCCUGAUGAUGACAACCAAAUGAUAUUCUUCCACCCUGGAUCACAAUAUCCCAAGACCAGCAUUGAGGCAGGAAUGGACUACACUGUUCGUCUGAGCUUGCCCCUCUACUCUGAUGUCCAGUCCCCAUACACACUCAUCGACUUGAACCUGGAGAUCUUCACUGGUUUUGAGGGAGGUGAAGUGGCCACCAACAGUGCCUGGGAUACAUUCCAGCAUUACCGCUGUCUGGAGAACAACCAGAGCGUGGUCAAGAUCGCCUCCACUGACAUCUUUACCGUUUCAGCUCUGCUGCACCCGGGAUCUAAAGCAAUUCAUCUCUGGGUCUCCCAAUACCCCCUGCUCCCUGCCUCCACGCCUGGCCACACCAGUAUCUGUGAGGUUGGUGCCAGCCAAGAUGACUGCUCCUCCUGCUCCCUCAACAGCCCUCUGUUCAGGACCCCCCAGAGCACUUCUGCCCCCUCCCCAUGA